GACACACACAACAGAGGAAUCCUGGAGGAGAAAGAAAGAAUAACAGCACUUUUACUUUGACACUGGGAAGCUGCUUGUUCUCCUUCUUGCACACACUGCUGGACGCAGACAUGCGCUGGAAAAGUGAAGUCAAAGUAGAGUGUUGCGUCGUUAACGAGAGAGAAAACGGAUCUGUGCUGUCCAACGAUGAUGAUGAGGGCGCUCCGGUGGAGGUUCUGGAUGAAGACGCGUCGUCGCUGCAGGCGAUGGCAUCAGCGCCUCUGUUAGGCACAGCUGUGUGUGCGAGCUGCAACGACCAAAUUGUGGAUAAAUAUUUAUUAAAGGUGAACGACUUGUGCUGGCAUGUGCGCUGUCUCUCCUGCAGCGUGUGCCAAACUUCACUUGGCAGCCACACGAGCUGCUACAUCAAAGAAAAGGAGGUUUUCUGUAAACUGGAUUACUUUAGAAGAUUCGGCACCUGGUGCGCCUGCUGCGGCCGGAACAUCCACUCCACAGACUGGGUCCGCCGGGCGAAGGGCAACGUCUACCACCUGGCCUGCUUCGCCUGCUUCUCCUGUAAGAGGCAGCUGUCCACCGGGGAGGAGUUCGCUCUGGUGGAGGAGAAGGUGCUCUGCAGAGUCCACUACGACUGCAUGCUGGACAACCUGAAGCGGGCUGUGGAGAAGGGAAACAGUGUUAACAUGGAGGGAGCUGUGCCCACAGAACAAGAGAUUAACCAACCAAAACCCUCCAAGAGAGCACGGACCAGCUUCACCGCCGACCAGCUGCAGGUGAUGCAGGGCCAGUUUGCUCAGGACAACAAUCCAGACGCCCAGACGCUGCAGAAGCUGGCGGAGCAGACGGGCCUCAGUCGACGAGUCAUACAGGUCUGGUUCCAGAACUGCAGAGCUCGCCACAAGAAACACGUGAGCCCCAACCACAGCUCCAGCACCCCCAUGACCUCGCUGCAGCCCAACCGCCUCUCCCAGCCCACCCCGACCCCCGAGGAGCUGCAGUACACGGCGUACGGAGGCCCGGAGGGAUCAAUGCUCUCUGCACUACACUCCUUCAUAGACAUACACUCCCCUCCAUCCAUGUUUCAACCGCUGCUGCCAGCCCACGCCAUGACCUCUCUGCCUGUGUCCCACGCCUGAGCUGCUCACAAACACACACCUACACACACACACACACACACAAUCUCACAAACACACACGGACACAGCAGCCUCAGCCACCAGCGGUCGUCCGUCAUUAGCUGCCGCAGUAUUCAGAUCUCCAUGGUAAAUAUAAUUUCAUUUUAAAUCAACCAUAAAACUUUUCCUUUUCUUGAACUGCCAGUAAUUCAUUACAUGUUGACAUUACACUGUUGAGCAUAUUAUUAUGGAUGACUAUAAUUUGUACUGUAUAAUGUGGAAAUGGAAAGCUUUCAGUGUACCUCAUUGGAUUGUGACAUAUGAUGACAUUAUAGAUUUAUAUUUGUUUGUGUAGUUGGUGACACAGUUUGACCGUGCUACUCUAUAAGUGAAAGCCACCAGACCCCAAAAUGUCAAAUCAUUAUGAAGGUGAACUUGAAAUUGUUUGUAUAGCAGUGUUUGGAUAUUGCAAUUUAAUUUAUUUAUUGUAUGUGAAGUCUGUUUUGAAAAUAAAUGUCUAAUUUCACAAACCCGGGAUGAAUGACCUUUCACCUGAACGUGCAUUACUUAGAGUUUGGGAAGAAAGUAAAUGCAUAGUAGAAAAACUAUUUAUUGAUAAAAACAGAAGUAACAAAACAUCUCUAUUUGAAGGCAAUAUAUUCUGUUAAAAAACACAUGCAACCUUAAAUAAAUAUAUGACAGAGGCUUUUAUACUGUUAGCUUUCUGCACAGACGAGCCACAAUAAAUAAAA